AUGGCGGGGGCCAACUACAUGGGUGGUAAAAGGAACGCCGUCAAGGCUCGUUCUAAAAAUCCCGUUCUUCGAGCACAGAAGGACUUCUUUGGACGGCAACGUUUGGGACUGGGAUCUCUGCCAAAGGCCAUGCUUUCAACAGCCGUUGGAACAGCACAGGGUACUGGAACAGCGCCUUCAGAAAUAGAUCUGCACCAUGCUAAACGAAGACGGCGGAACUCCGCUUGUUCAGAAGAGGACUAUGGAUUUGUUCCAGGACCAACACCAGUGAAGCCGCCUGUCUCACGUCUUAUACUAGAGGCUAGUGGAAGUAGCAACAAACGGUCCAAAGUGCUUGAUGCUCUAGAUGAAACCGAUCCAAUGUUCAUUAGGGCUGCGUUGGACAGAGUACUCAAAAUGCCAGACUUGGCUGGACUCCUACCACGGGUACCCAUACAAAUGUCUGCAAGCGGCGCGAAGAGAAGGCGAACGGACUUGGAUGUUGGAAGUCGAGACAAUAACAAACGACAGCAUCUGCUCUACCCUCCAGCUGACAGACAUUCGCGUUCCCCAGAAGGACAAGUUCUCCGCAAAACACACCAUGAACAUGACGUUAGUUCUCCGCGUUGUUUGCGACCACCAUUACCCAAUCAACACCGGGUUGACACCCAAUCGGGCUCUUCUCUCCCAGACUCAUCCAUCCCCUCGUCGGACCUUGCGUUGACCUCCAGCCCCUCGUCACUUGGUCUCCGUCAGCCUGGCUCGCCAGAGUUUAGGACAAGAUCGUACGAUGUCCGCAAGGAUGCGAUCUCCGUUGAAAAUCUGCUCUAUCAAGAUGAUCCAUGGCAGGCUCUGGACAUAUUGCUCGAUUUCAAGCCGUCUUCAUUUCCUCGCAGAAGCACUAGCUAUGAGGAUCCUGUGGCUUCUCGCCUCAGCUUGAACUCUCUUCACGAACAUACCAGCAAUACGCGGACUGGCGCCACUAUUCCGAAUGAUGAACGGCAUAAUAUGUCUAAGUCAGGCGAGAGUUCUCGACACUACCUCUCUUCCGACUCUCCACCGCGGCAAGAAUCUUCUACUUCGUUGAUAUCCCUCAACGUUUUUGCGAGCGAUCGAGCAUCCAAUAUGUCUAGUUCGUCUAAGCGAAGCCACCGACCAGUACGAUUCUUCGUAGACUCCAUCAAGCCUCCUCAUUCUGACGGUCAAGCUGGUUAUAUCUCGGGCUCUGAAAUCCUUGAGGUCUCUUCCCACCAUGGAGAUAGCAAUUCUCCUCUCUCGUCGCCAUUGCAUCACAUAUCCUCUGCUUCUUGGAAUCUUUCUCCCAACUUCGCUUUACGCCAUGCCUCCCCCCAGUCGAACAAGAACGAAUUCGAUGCAACUGAUUCCUCUUCCCACGACUCUUUGCUUGAAACUGCCUUCCAUAGCCCUGCUGUAUGCCCUAAUCGAAUCUAUGCUGGCGACAGCCCCUUGCAACAUGUCCUCUCAGUUAUCGAUGCUGCCUCUCCUCUGCCUCUCAGUGAAGACAUUGGCCAAUACUCUACGCGUUUGGCCCUCGAUGGUGCUUACUCCCCAUUGCAACUUCAGUCUCUGAAUAAAGCAAACCCCUCAUCGCCCGUCGGAGACCACCGUGAACACAUAUUCUUCGAUGUCCCUGCUGGCCCUGACUUGGAUGGAGAAGCGAUAACCGACAUACCUGGAGUAGAUCCAUACAACGAAGACUCUAAUCCUCCCAUCCAUGCUAAACAAACUGCUAUAACCAGCCGCUCUGCCCGCCAAUCACGCAUCAAUCCAUCUGACAACGUAGAAUGCUCAGUUGACUCCGAUGAUGAACUCGAUUUCCCAGAUGAAGUUGACAAUGAGACGGUCGAUCAACCGUACCUCUCUCACAAUGCUGCUUCCGUUGCACAGAUCAAAACUUCAACUGCUAUGACCAACCGUAACUUGUCUGAUCCACGUUCUCCCCUCGAUGCAUUACUGCUAUUGCGAAAGGACGAAGGUGUUUACAUAGGACCUUGCUUAUUCUCGGACGAGGGUGAGGAAUCUGACUGA